GAUCUCACCGUGUCUUCCUCUGUUUUGUGUUCCCCAGAUAUUCAUCAUAGCGCUCUCCUUCGCCUACUUCUCCAAGGCGCUGACAGGCACCUACAUGAAGAGCUCCGUCACUCAGAUAGAGAGACGCUUCGACCUCUCCAGCACGCACGUCGGCCUCAUAGAUGGCAGCUUUGAGAUGGGUAACUUGCUGUUUCUCGCCGUGGUCAGCCAUUUUGGGGCUCAGCUCCAUCGGCCCAGACUCAUCGCUGCCGGGUGUUUACUCAUGGCCGUCGGCGCCCUUCUCACAGGCCUGACGCAUUUCUUCAUGGGAUUCUAUAAGUAUGACACAGUUAUUCAGGUUCUCCAGAGCAGUAAUGUGAGCAUUCCAGCAUGUGUGGAUCCUCUGAAGACUGUCGACAUGCCAGAAAUUCAGAUCGAGCCUUCUGUGGAAGACAACAAAGGCUGUGAGAGAGAGUCCAGCUCCCACAUGUGGAUAUAUGUGUUCCUUGGGAACGCUUUGCGCGGGAUUGGAGAAACUCCCGUCACUCCCCUGGGCAUCUCGUACAUCGACGACUUCGCUAAAGCGGAAAACUCUCCUUUCUACAUCGCUUGUCUCCAGACUAUUACUCUCCUGGGUCCAAUGUUUGGAUUUCUCCUGGGUUCCUAUUGUGCUAAACUUUACGUUGACGUUGGAUAUGUUGAUAUGGAAAGCGUCACCAUCACUCCAAAAGAUUCCCGCUGGGUGGGUGCCUGGUGGCUGGGCUUCCUGAUAUCCUCUUCCCUGCUGCUGGUCUCCAGUAUCCCUUUUUGGUUCCUGCCACGCUCGCUUCCCAAACAAGGGGAUGAAACGGACACACCCACUCCUCCCUCUCUAACCCUCGAUGGGGCAGAGAGUGCACAGAGCAGCAACCAAACCAUCAAGCUGACCGAAAUCGCAAAAGGAUUCCUUCCAUCACUGAAACGUCUCUUGGGGACCCCUACUUACUUCCUGUUUCUUUGUGCGGCCAUUCUGAAGUUUAACUCAUUUAUAGGCCUGUUGACUUUCAAAGCCAAAUACAUGGAGCAGCAGUUUGGACAGUCAGCAUCCAGAGCAAACUUCCUCAUAGGAGUGCUGAACCUACCCGCAGUAGCCGUGGGAAUCUUUUUGGGGGGGCUCCUGAUGAGGAGGUACAAGCUGAGUGUGGUGUCAGGAGCCCAGCUUUCUUUUGCCACUUCUUUCAUGGGGUACCUUCUCUUACUACUGCAGUUUGGCACCAAGUGUGACAACAGGCCAGUGGCUGGCCUCACUGUAUCGUACAAUGGGACACAGAGUGUAUCAUACAAUGGGGAGAUGCUCUUCUCAGACUGUAACAGAGACUGCUCUUGCUCGCCAGAUGAGUGGGACCCCGUCUGUUCGGACAGCGGCGUCACCUACGUCUCGCCAUGCAUGGCAGGCUGCCUCAACUCAAGCGGACGCGGCAAAAACACAGUUUUUCACAACUGCAGCUGUGCCUCCACCUCUUAUCCGCCUGGCAGCUCCACGUCAGCGAGGCUGGGUCAGUGCCCUCACGCUAAGGACUGCACCCGCAGCUUCACCUCCUACAUGGCUGUUUCUGUUCUCAGCUCCUUCAUCAACUCUCUGGGAGCCACACCCGGCUACAUGGUCAUCAUACGCUGCAUCACACCAGACCUCAAAUCCCUCGCGUUGGGUAUUCAGACUUUGGUAACCAGGACUCUUGGUGGAAUUCCAGCGCCUGUGUAUUUUGGAGCUCUGAUAGACUCUACUUGCCUGAAGUGGUCUAUCAAGAAGUGCGGGGGAAAAGGGGCGUGCCGCAUUUACGACUCAAAUAUGUACAGAAUCAUUUUCCUUGGUCUGAUUACUUGCCUCAGCGGCACUUCCUAUUUCUUCAUGAUUGCCGUCAUCGUCCUCCUGAAGCGACAGUUUUGGAAAGCAGAUCGGGACAUAGAGCUGCAGCAACACAAAGCGUCAAAGGAAAGUGGAAUUAUGGCUCAGCUGGAGACCCAGGAGAAGAGCGGUGCUGGGUCCACAAGUCCCAAACUGUCUUCUGACAAAACAGACUCUACAGGAGUUGGGAAAGACUUGGAAGGAUGAGGGGAAAUAAUCAGAACAGAGCAACUCUUUGCAAAUAAUAGUCUAUUUUUCAUAAAUAUAGAUGACAGGAUCCUGACAGAGACUUCAGGUGAGUUGUUUUUCUUUCUCAUAGAUGAUCAGAGAAUGUUAUCAACAAAACCUCUGGUCUAUAAAAGAUCAUUAUUUCCUAAGACGUGCAAUAAAGCAGGCAAUUCAUGUUAGUCUUUUCUUGCUAGGUCUGUUUACCUCCAUAUUGGUUAUCAUGUAAUGCACUUCGUUUAACUACUACAGACAGGUUGGCCAGCAAUUUAAUACACUGACCUUUUUGUACAUGUACUUCUCUGCCAUGUUGAAAGCAAAAAUGAUUGUUUAGUCAAACCUCUAGUUUAAAAAUGCUCUUUUUGGUAAUAAAUAAACCCUUCAGUAAGA